AUGGGCAAAAGUACCGUCCAAGCUCAGCAACGGCUUGAAAAAUGUUAUCCAGACUCUGCUCCAUCGAAAACAACCAUCUGUCGUUGGUAUGUUUAUUUAAAGCGCAGUCGCAUGGAUACAAAUGAUGCGGGUAGGCCAAAUGAAGCAGUUACUCCGGAAAAUGUGAAACAAGUGUUGAAAAUCGUGAUGAAUGACCGCAAUCGUGAGAUUGCUGAGACGGUAAACAUAUCCACCGGAAGUGCGUGUGCGAUUUUACAUGAAAAGUUGGGCAUAAAAAAAGUGUUUUCCAAAUGGGUGCCGCGUUUGCUCACAAUGGAACUAAAGCAACAACGAGUUGACGAUUCACAGAGCUGUUUGCCACUGUUUACUCACAAUGAACAGGAUUUCUUGCGUCGGUAUGUGACAUUGGACGAAAUGCAGAUCCAUUAUUUCACUCCAGAGUUGAAGCAGCAGUCAGCUGAGUGGCGUGCAGCCAGUGAAAGCCGUCCGAACUGCCCCAAAAUGCUACAGUCAGCUGGCAAAGUCAUGGCAUCAGUGUUUUGGGAUGCACGAGGUAUAAUUUACAUAGGCUACCUUGAAAAGGGAAAAUUUAUCAAUAGCACCUAUUACACUGAAAUACUAGCGCUUCUGAAGCAAAAAAUUGCAAAAAAACGACCGCACACGAAGAAGAAAAAAAACCAUCUUCCAUCAAGACAAUGCAAACACUGGUUACAUUGA